AUGAGAAUAAACAAAGAAAGCUGGAUAAACCACUUCAAAAAAUUACUGAAUGCAGAAGAGGAUUCGACGGAGACAAAAGAAGAAAAUCAUAAGCAAAGGGGAAGAGAGCAAGGAAAUUGGGAAGUAGAGGAGAUAGCGGAGGACGAUUUCUUGAACCGGGACUUUGGAGCAGAAGAAGUGAGACAGGCGCUGAAUAAGAUGAAGACCAAAAAGGCGGCAGGGGAGGACGGAAUAGCCGCCGAAUUCUACAAGAAUUUACCAGCAGAAGCAAUGGGAAUCUCAGAGAGCUUCAAGACAGAAACUGGAGUAAGACAAGGAUGCUCACUGAGUCCAAUACUCUUCAACAUCUUUCUGGAGGACCUGGACGUGACUCUGACCAAGAGAAAGGAAGAAGGAACGGUGAUUGGGAAAACGAAAAUCUUCGUAAUGAAAUUCGCCGAUGAUAUGGUACUUCUGGCAGAGGAGGCGGAAGGUCUGAGACAAAUGCUAAAAACGUUGGAAAAAUACGUUAAGAAGAACAAAAUGGAAGUAAACGUCACAAAAACAAAAAUAAUGGUCUUCAGAAAAGGAGGGAAGCUCAAAAAAGAAGAAUCGAGGAACUUUAAUGGGAAAGAACUCGAAAUUGUCGGAAUUUACAAGUACCUGGGUUUCUGGUUCUCUACGACAGGCACGUACAGCAGGCAAAUGAGAAAUGUGGCAGGAAAAGCUCAAAAAGCUUCAAACGCUGGGUGGGGAGUGAUGAUGAGUAGCAGAAUAAAGGGAUUAAGGAGAAGAGCAUACCUGUUAGACACUUUAGUUAAAUCGGGAUUCAUGUACAGCGUGGAAGUGUGGGGCUGGCAUAACACGAACGAGUGGGAGAAACUUCAAGGAAGGUAUAUGAAGAUGAUAAUGGGAUUGGAUAGACAGACACCUGCUUAUAUAUGCAGGUUGGAAUCGGGGAAGACCAAAGUGGAAGUAGAAGCAAGAAGGAGGGCAGGAAGCUAUUUGCUGGAGAUAAUGGAUAUUGGAGAAGAAAGGUGGCCGAAGGCAUGUCUGCUAGAAGAAAUAAGGGGAUUAGAAAAUAACAAUCCCUCAUAG